AGAUCCCAUUUUUUAUGAUCGGACUGUCAACAUGACUGUUAUUUUCUUAUUCUUCCUUCACCUGCAUUUUCUCGCUUUUUUCCCUUCAUGUUUUCUUUUACUAAUACCAAAGUAGCCAAUUAUAAUAAACCGUCUUUAGCUCAUUUCAACACACUUGAAGAAGCAGAAGAAUAUGCCAAAUCACUAGCAAAGACACAGGGAUAUUGUCUCAGUCGACGUUCUUCACAACUCAACGCAGCCAAAGGUGGGCGGAAUAUCAUGUUAAAUUGUGUCCAAGGUGGUCAUUAUCGAGCCACACGCCAACCUUCCAUCAAACCCAAGAAACGCGAUAGUCUUAAAGUAGGCUGUAAAUAUUCCAUACGUAUCAGUGAACAUGAAGAUCAAUGGUAUGUCAGGCCACCCAAAAAUGAACACAAUCAUGAAGCCAAAGGUCUUUUUGAUCCGCCUGAAGAUACAUUCAAGCCAGAGAAGCAAGGCGAUUUGUUAGAUCAACGACUGUGUUUAGCAUUAUAUCAAAUUGAACACCAUAUCAAGUCAUCUAAUGAUAUCAACAGUCUAAAAGAAUUAGAGGCUUGGAUUGAAUAUAAAUAUAAACAUGGUGGUCUAUAUCCUCAAUGAUAAGUGAAUAGCAUUGUAUCAUAUCUUUAUUAGGGAGAAAAAAAUUGUAAAUAAUAAAGCUGCC